AUGGCCCUUCCAGCGUCACCAAUCUCAUCACUUAACAAUUCAAACACAGGUUUACAACAACUUCUAAACUCUUUCCUGUCCCCUAUUUCCAAAGCAUACUCCUAAAUGGCUUCCUUUUUUGCUUCAAGUGUUCCACUACCAGUGAAAUCAUUUUUCCUAGCUUGCUUUUUUAUGGCUGCCUCUGCUGGUAAUUUUUACCAGGAUUUUGAUCUCACUUGGGGAGAUGGCCGUGCCAAGAUUCUCAACAACGGUCAGCUUCUUACCCUGGCCCUUGACAAGGCCUCUGGCUCUGGCUUUCAGUCCAAGAACGAGUAUUUGUUUGGGAAGAUUGAUAUGCAGCUCAAGCUUGUCCCCGGCAACUCUGCUGGCACCGUAACCGCCUACUAUCUAUCUUCAAAGGGCUCAACGUGGGAUGAAAUAGACUUUGAGUUCUUGGGGAACCUGAGUGGUGAUCCUUACAUCCUUCACACAAACGUGUAUAGCCAAGGCAAGGGCAAUAGGGAGCAGCAAUUUUAUCUCUGGUUCGACCCAACUGCAGAUUUUCACACCUACUCCAUCCUCUGGAAUCCCCAGCGUAUCAUUUUCUCGGUCGAUGGUACUCCAAUCAGAGAGUUCAAGAACCUGGAAUCCAAUGGUGUUCCAUUUCCAAAGAAGCAGCCCAUGAGGAUAUACUCCAGUCUUUGGAAUGCUGAUGACUGGGCUACCAGGGGUGGUCUUGUGAAGACAGACUGGUCUCAGGCUCCUUUCACCGCAUCCUACAGGAAUUUCAAUGCCAAGGCUUGUGUUUGGACUAACGGAGCAUCAUCAUGCUCCUCAUCAUCUAGUUCUUCGUCUUCCGGCUCCAAAAGCAAUGCAUGGCUUUCCCAAGAGUUAGAUAUAACAGGCCAACAAAGGCUGAAGUGGGUGCAGAAGAACUACAUGAUCUACAAUUACUGCACUGAUACAAAGCGAUUUCCUCAAGGUCUUCCUCUGGAAUGCAAAAUGUCCUAAGAUUGCAUAUGUCUUAAGUACUAGUGUAUGUGAAAGUAGAUAAUUUUGCCUCGCCCGUUGUAAUUACUAUGGUCUUGUGUUUGUAAUUUCAGCCUACAUCGAUUCUUUUA